AUGCCGGGAGGCCGCCCCCCCGCGGGCCGACGGACUGCGCCGCGCUCCCCGCGGGCCUCGAGCCGGGCGGGCGGACGAGCGGCCGCUCCGACGAGGGGAAGCGGCGAGGCGGCGGCUGAGGCGAGGGGUGGGCGGGGGGCGCAGCAGGCCCGGCAAAUCACCGCCCGGCAGCGGGGGAGGGGAACCCCCGGCCGCCCUGCUCUCGUCCGCGCGGAGGUCCCCACCGCUGCCGCGCGCUGCUCACAGGCGCCGCGUCGCCUGCCUCAUGCCGCCGCCGCCGCCGGCGGCCUCUUUGCCGGGCUCCCGGGCGCGGCGCGAGCACCGGGCCUCGCGCCUCCUCCGAAUUCCUCCUCGGGCAGCGACCGCAAACACGAUCUUAUUAUUGUACACGGCCGGCUUUCGUGCAGAAACAGAGCGCGCCGGCCCGGCUGCUCGGCGGGCAGGCGGGCGGUGGGUGCGUCCUCCCCCAGCACCGAAGCCCGCGCCGGGCGGGCGGGAGCGCCUACUCCGGGGGCCGCCUGCUGCCCGCUCUCUUUUGUUCUUGGCCCGGAGCUGCUAGCCGCAGCCCAGCCAAUCACCACCACCUGGCCGCCCCCCUCCCCACCCGUCCGCGCCACAUCGAGGGCGCUCACACCGGCGCCCCCAGCCCCACGGCCACCUCCUGCUGACUGGUCUCCCGUCCGGCUGCCCGCCGCGGGCCGCUUCCGCGAGUGCUCUCGGGUGAGUGAGGCACAAAGGCGCUCCAGGCCGGGGGCCGGCCGCGCGAGGGGACCCGCUACCCAGAGCAUCAGGCUGCUGGCAAGAGCACCGCUCUGGAGUCAGCGACCUUGUUGGGGUCUCACCCUAGGCCUGCCCUUCACGGUGCGGUGUGACCUACCCAGGGCAAGCUAUUAA